AUGGCGGCGCCGGGCUGGCGGCAGUGGCGGGCGGCGCGGCGGUGGCUGCUCACGGCGGCCGGGCGGGGCGGCGGCCUGAGGCAGGACGGCCCCCGGCAGGACCCCCCCGGGCAGGACGCCCCUCGGCAGGACGCGGGGAAGCGGCCGGGAGGCACCGCGGCGGCGGGAGGGCGGCAGGUUCCUUCAGAGAAAUCGGAAUCCUUUGCAUCCAUGCUGAGACGUUCACCUUUGAUUCAGAUGGGACCUGCCAAAGAUAAGAUUGCCAUUGGUCAAAUAUUCCACAUUGUAGAAGACGACCUUUACAUAGAUUUUGGUGGCAAGUUUCACUGUGUGUGCAAAAGACCAGAAGUAGAUGGAAACAAAUACCAGAAAGGAACUCGAGUGCGCCUGAAACUGCUGGAUCUUGAACUCACAUCUAGGUUCUUGGGCGCAACAACCGAUACAACUUUGCUGGAAGCUGAUGCUGUGCUUUUAGGGCUUCUGGAAAGCAAGCAAACAAAGCAAAAGGAGUGAAUUUCAUGUAAAUAAAUACAUUUUUGUGCUCUAGGACAAAUUAAACAAAUGAAAUGCUCCCUCAGGAAGUAAAUGAAAAGGUUUUUUUUUUUUUUUUUUUUUUUUUUCUGGUCGGCUAUGUAAAUAGUGAGAUCAAUAAAAGACAACAAGCACAUCAUA